AUGCGUCUCUUUCGCCAAAACAAAGAACAGGAAGUUGCUGAAAAAGGCACUCCUCAAAGCGCUACUCCAACAGAUACACCUACACGAGGCAAUUCACAUGCUGCCACAGCAGCAGAUAUAGAGCCCAAGGGUGGAGUGCCUGCCAUUGCGGUCAUUCUCGGAGCUGUCGCCUCAAUAGGCGGUUUUAUGUUUGGUUAUGAAUCCGGUCAAAUUUCUGGUUUCCUUGCAAUGGAGGAUUUCAUCGACAGAUUUGGUGAAAAUGGCAAGUUCUCUGCUGUCCGUCAGGGUGCUAUCGUUGGUCUUCUUGCUGUCGGUACACUCUUUGGAUGCUUGUGCUCCGCUCCUCUCGCUGAUACCUUCGGCCGCCGACUUACGAUAUCCGGUUCCGCCUUCUUUUACAUCAUCGGCGUCAUCAUCGAAAUCACGAGUGAAAGGGUAUGGGUACAAUUCGCCAUGGGCAGAUUUGCUGCCGGUCUAGGCAUAGGCGCCCUAUCCACCGUGGUGCCCAUGUACCAAUCCGAAUCGAUUCCCAAGCGCGUCCGUGGCGCCGCCGUCAGUUCCUACCAGCUCUUCAUCACCCUGGGCAUCUGGACAGCCUACAUGGUCAACUACGGUACAUCGGAUCAAUACGUCAAUAGCGCGCAAUGGCGCAUCCCUAAUGGUCUCAGUGCGCUUUGGGCUAUCCUUCUUGGCACUUCGAUUUUGCUGCUCCCGGAGUCUCCGCGCUUCGCAUACCGCAAGGGCGAUGUGGAUAGCGCUCGUAGCAAUAUGGCUCGUCUCAAUGGAGUUGAUCCGUAUAGUCCGUUUAUCGAUGCUGAGAUCCAGGAGAUUCAGGAAAAGCUCGAGGCUGAAAAUGCAGGGGGAGACCACCCGUGGCAUGAGAUCUUCACUGGUCCCCGCAUGCUAUACCGCACUCUGCUCGGCAUGGCGUUGCAAGCAGGCCAGCAGCUUACCGGCGCAAACUACUUCUUCUACUACGGCACCACCAUCUUCGCCGCCACCGGCCUUGAAAACUCCUACGUCACCUCCAUCAUCCUCGGCACCGUCAACGUCGUCGCCACCAUCGCCGGCCUUUGGAUCGUGCAAAACGUUGGGCGUCGCAAGGCCAUGAUGGCCGGCGCAGCUUGGAUGGCCGUCUGCCUAUUCAUCUACUCCUUCAUCGGCCAAUACCAACUCGACCACCAAAACCCGCUUAGCACGCCCCAGGCUGGCAACAUCAUGAUCGUCUUCACUUGCCUCUUCAUCGCCGCAUUCGCGACUACCUGGGGUCCACUCGUUUGGAGUAUCGUCGGUGAAUUGUAUCCCGCGCGUUACCGGGCUACAUGCAUGGGUUUGGCAACUGCAUCCAACUGGCUCUUCAACUUCCUCAUCUCCUUCUUCUCCACUCUCAUCACUAACGAAAUCAACUACCUCUACGGCCUCGUGUUUGCAGUCUCCCUCGUUGUCCUCUUCUUCAUCGUUUACUUCUUCCUGAUUGAGACGAAAGGUCGCUCCCUUGAGGAAAUCGAUACCAUGUAUGUUUUGCAUGUCAGCCCCAUCACUAGUGCAAAAUGGGAUGCAGCGUCGUUGGGGAGGGAUGGCCUCGUGGAUACGGAUAGGAUGCAUUUUGGGAGUGGGGGGAGGGGGAAGGUGGGGGUGGGCAGGGAGGGGAUGUUGGGGGAGGCUGUGAGGAGUGAGGGGCGGGUUUGA